AUGGUCAAGAUCGUGAAGCGAUACAGGUUCGCGGGGGAGGAGGUUACGGAGAUCAAAGAGGUACCCGCAAACUCGCCCGAAGCGAAAGAAUGGCCGCUGUGGAAGCCCUCCGAUGACGGCGGCAAGCCUACCACGCCUCAUGCACAACCUCUUGCGUCUCCCAGCGAGAGCGCUGCCCCCACUGCCUCCUCUUCUGCGACUCCGGCGAAACCGUCAGGGCCAGGGAAGCGUCCGGGCCCCCGGAAGCCGAAGACCACGCUCGCGGCGAUCCCGAAGAAGCAGCCCGUAAAGAAGCUCACCACGCUCGACAAGUCCGCGAUGGACUGGCGAGCCCACGUCGAGGGCGAGGACACCUCAGGGGUGAAGGACGAGCUGGAGGCGAACCGCCGCGGGGGCGGGUACCUCGAGAAGGUCGAGUUUCUCCAGCGUGUGGAAACGCGCAAGGAGGAGGUGCUCGAUGCCAACAAUGGCAAACGCAGGCGAUGA